AUGCUGCUGCUGCUGCUGCUGCUGCUGCUGCUGCUGCCGCUGCCUCUGCCUUUGCUGUGGGCAGGGCCCCUGCGGAAGGAUCCAGAGUACCGGCUGCAAGUGCAGAAAUCAGUGACGGUGCAGGAGGGUCUGUGUGUCCAGGUGCCCUGCAUUGUGACCUACCCCCCAGUGGGCUUGAACGACUCUACCCCGGCUUAUGGCUACUGGUACUGGAAAAAGGAUAAUAGCAAAAAAGAUGUUCUUGUGGCCACAAACAACAAAGCCAAAGCCAAGAAAAUACAAAGGAAGGCCAAAUCUCGAUUCUUCCUCUCUGGGGACCUCAGGGCCGGCAGCUGCUCCCUGAGCAUCACAGACGCCCAGAAGGGAGACAGUGGAAAUUAUUAUUUCCUACUGGAGAGAGGCCAAGUGAAUCACAGUUACCAAAGCAACCCGCUCACUGUGACCGUGACAGCGCUGACACACACCCCCGACAUCCGCAUCAAGGAGCCCCUGGAGUCCGGCUGCCCCAGCCACCUGACAUGCUCUAUGCCAGGGGCCUGUGACAGGGCGACGCCCCUCACCAUCUCCUGGAUGGGGGCUGCCCUCAGACGCCUGGGACUGGACUUGGAGGCCUAUAACUCCUCGGAGAUCCUGCUCAUCCCCAGCCCAAAGGACCAUGGCACCAACCUCACCUGUCGGGUCACCUUCCCUGGGGCUGGGGUGAGCACCCAGAGGACCAUCAAGCUCAGCGUGCUCUAUGCUCCACAGAAGCUGACCGUCAGCGUCUUGCGAGGAGGAAAUCACAAAGAACCGGAGUUCGUGGGGAACGGCUCAUCUCUUCCAGUCCGGGAAGGCGACUCUCUGCGCCUACUCUGUGUCGCCGACAGCAACCCUCCCGCCACACUGAGCUGGGCCCAGGGCAGCCGGACCCUGAGCCCCUCACAGCCCUGGGAGCCCGGGGUCCUGGAGCUGCCAAGGGUGGAGUCGGGGCACGAAGGCGAAUUCACCUGCCGAGCUCAGCACCCGCGGGGCUCCCUGCACGGCUCCCUGCGUCUCCUUGUGCAGAACCCCCCACAGCUGCUGGGACCCUCCUGCUCCUGGGAGGACCAGGGUCUGCUGUGCAGCUGCUCCUCCCGGGCCCAGCCGGCGCCCUCCGUGCGCUGGCGGCUGGGGGAGGGGCUGCUGGAGGGGAACCACAGCAAUGCCUCCUACACCGUCACCUCCCGCUCAGCCGGGCCCUGGGCCAACAGCUCCCUGAGCCUCAGCGGGGACCUCAGCGCGGGCCUCAGGAUCAGCUGCGAGGCCAGGAAUGUCCACGGGGCCCCGAGCGCCGCUGUCCUGCUGCUGCCAGGGAAGCUGGUGCCUAGGAAAACAGUCAUUCUGGGGGCUCUCGGGGGAGCUGGUGUCACUGCCCUGCUCAGUCUCUGUCUCUGCUUCAUCUUCUUCAUAGUGAAGACCUGCAGGAAGGACGCACCUGAGGCUGCAGCUGGUGAGAAGGAUGCCCCGUCCACACUGGGUCCCACCUCCUGGGGUUCCCAUCAUGAGUGUCCACCAGGCAGCCACCUAGACCACCUGCCCCCAGCUGUGGCCGCCCCCGCCUUGGGGGAGGACCUGGAGCUCCAUUACGCCUCCCUUACCUUCCAGGGGCGGAGGCCCUGGGAACCUCCGGAGCAGGAGGCCGCCAGCACCACUGAGUAUGCAGAGAUCAAGAUCCGUAAAUAA